UCUUCCACUACCAGAUCUCUCAAAACCCUAAAUCUUCGCAAAAUUUUCGAAACUCAUUCUUCUUCUUUGCUCUCCAUUUUGAUUUUGUGAUCUAUGGAAACUGUGAAUCUGGAGCAAGCUACUGCGUUGCAGAAUAUCAAGCUUCAUCUUCUCGGCGAACUCUCUCCGUUGCCGACGAAUUUGGCCUUUGAUAAUCUUUGCGUCUCGUCUUCGGAUCGGUCGAUGAGUUCCGGUGCUUCUUCUUCUUCUACCUCGAACUGUCCUCUUACAAUCUCUGAUUAUUUCAAUUCGGAUGAAAAUUUUGAAUUCUCCUCUGAUUUUAUACGGUGCGAGUUGUCGAUGUCGUCAAACGACGAUUUCUUCGGAUUCGAGAUGAAACCUAACGUAAUCGACCUAACCACAAUGAAUUCCGCGGAAUCUAUUGAAUUCGAGACGAAACCGUUUGUUUUCAAUGAUUCGAGUUCUAGUUCGAGUUCGAGUUCGAUUUCUCUGUAUAGCAAUAGUUCGUUUGAAGUUGAAUCGAAGACUAAUUUGAUGAGUCAGGCAGCGAAUUCGAAUCGGAAACGAGCGAAUUUGAAAAUCUCGCUUCCGAAUAAGACGACGCAAUGGAUCAAUUUCGACACGGCGGAGAAGAAGAAUCCGGUUGUGAUACAGAGGAGUAAGGAUCUUGAGGCGGAGAGGAAAGUUCACUACAGAGGCGUUCGACAGAGGCCUUGGGGAAAAUUCGCGGCGGAGAUUAGGGAUCCGAAUCGUCGUGGAUCUAGAGUUUGGCUUGGAACUUUUGAGACAGCAAUUGAAGCGGCGAGAGCGUACGAUCGCGCUGCCUUCAAGCUUCGAGGAUCGAAGGCGAUUUUAAACUUUCCGUUGGAAGCGACGAACUCUUACUCGGAACCGAUGGCCGCUGGAAAGCGGCAGAGGGAGGAGGAAGUGGGAGAGGUGGUUGAAGCGGUAGCGUUGAAGAAAGAGAAGGUGGAGGAGGUGAACCCGGCCUCCGUCCCCGCCGCGGACGUCGGUUACCUGAAAGAUAUGCCGUUAACGCCGUCAAUUUGGUCGAUGGUUUGGGACUGUGAAACGAAAGGAGUUUUCAAUAUUCCGCCGUUGUCGCCGUUAUCUCCACAUCCCGCGUUUGGUUUUUCACAGCUUGUAGUUGCAUAAAAUUGCCCCUUUCUUUUCUUUAAACCAAUGAGAAAUAUUUGUUUAUUGGUAA